AGUUCUCUUUGCACUUGACUGAUCGCACACGGUUCGUAAAACUCGAGAAUUUCCACGGAAAUUCGCGACGUGUCAACCAUGGACGACGUUCUCGAGAGCUGGGAGCAAAUAGAAGAGUCCAGUACAUUAGACAAAAAACUGGAUGCCCUUCGAUUGCACGCGGAGGAAGAAGUGGAAUCUUCUAGGACUAGUCAUAACACAAAUACAAAAAUGAUCAUAUUGGGUGAAGAUGGCCUCAGAUCGCAAUAUGUACCACCAAAACCUAUGGUAAAGAUAUUAAAAAGACCAACCAAAGAUUCGCGAGGGAGUGGCGAUGGGCCACUGAAUGAAGAUAAGCCUAAACAACCUAUCAAAUCUUUGAAGCAGAGGGAGCAAGAGUAUGCAGAAGCGCGAAAGAGAAUCCUAGGCGAAGAGAAAAGCCCAGAAGAAAAGAUGAUGCAAGAAAUCAACAAAAUUCAACCAAAAUCAAAUUCAUCUAACGGCAGCAACGUUCCCAACAAUGUGGUUCGCAUGCCUGCUGGCCCAGAUGGCACUCGGGGCUUCAAUGUACGCAGGUAGCGCGUCUUCUAGGGAUCAUCUCUUUCCACCCAUCUACUUCCUUUCCUUCUCUGCUGUUACGGAGAAGAGAAACGGCUAUGAGGCCGAUGUCACAGCUUUGCGUUCACGAUCUGAGCGCACGAAAUAUCCUUCGAGCUAUGUCCCGUGAGGCGUUAUCACGCGUGGACUUAUUAGAAAAUCGAGAGAAAAUGGACUUGAAACGAAGACGAAACGCUAAACGUCACGCCGCGUUCCGUCGGUGUUUUGCGAUAUUAAAAUAUUUUAAGGAAUCAAAGAGAAGACGAAAUAUAUAAAAGAGAAGAUUAAUUUAUAUGUAUAUAUGUAUAUAUAUUCGUUAUAUUAUAAACGUAAUAUAUACACAUAUAUAUUACGUGAAGAGUCACAAUUAGGGCGAUGCAAUGGAAUAAAGGCGCGAAUUUGUUACAUGCAUGGCAAAUGCAGUUUGUUUCACAUCAUCAAUAUGUAAAAUAUUCAAAAUCUUUGAUGAAUUGUGUAAUACGUAUCUAUCUAAUAAGAGACUUCUUGUAUAUACAUGUACAACAAUUGUAUGCAAUAUGUUUUGCGUUUUGUUAAUAAAUCGAAAAUAUUAAACAAG